AUGAUUCCUAAUUACAUUCGUCACUCGCUCCACCCAUUCCUUAGCUGUGAAUGGCCCGCCUCACCGUGUUUUUUAGACUUCAAGUUCCAUUCAGCUGAGAAGAUGUUGAUCAAACAAUUAAUGGAGAAGUACGAGAAGGUCGGCAAAAUCGGGCGACCAGUACGGAAUACCAGCCAGACCUUGAAUGUCGAGUUCGGUCUCUCUUUGUUCCAGCUAAUGGACUUGGACGAGGCCAACCAGCUCUUUACUGUCAACGUUUGGAACAAAUUUUCAUGGCGUGAUGAAUUGUUGACCUGGAACCCCAGAAACCACAAUGGCAUCAAGCACGUUCGGAUUCCUGUGAAACACGUCUGGACUCCUGACAUCGUGCUCUACAACUAUGCCGACGAACGUCUGGUUGAGUUGCGCGAGGUCCUCUUAACCGUGGACUACACGGGACAGAUUUUCUGGAGUCCACCGGCCAUCUACAAGUCGAUGUGUCGCAUCCAGAUUGAGCACUUCCCCUUCGACUACCAAAUUUGCUACCUCCGGUUCGCCUCGUGGACGCUGCACGGUCGCCGACUCAACCUCACCUUCCUCGACGGCAGAAACAGCGCCCUCCUAGACGACUACAAGGAAAGCAACGAGUGGCACAUUGUGGCCUACCCCGCUGUCCGUCGGUUCUUUCGACAGACCUGCUGCGAAAUACCCUUCCCCAAUCUCAUAUUCUUCUUUGUAUUGAAGCGCAAUCCCGACUUCUACGCCUACCUGCUUGUGCUCCCGUGCAUCUUGCUGGCGGUUCUGAACCUCGUCACCUUCUGGCUGCCGCCGCAGAAUCCUGCGAGAAUGAUGCUUGGCAUGAAUAUAUUUGUCGGCUUUUGUAUCCAGAUGAAAUUUCUCACGCAGUCCACACCUUCGGCUUCUAACACUAUCCCGUACCUCGGCUAUUACUAUUGUCUGAACAUGGUCUUGAUAGCCAUCUCCACGUUCUUCUCUCUAAUCGCCGUCCACAUCCACUUUCGAACGGACAAAGCUAAGCCACUUCCACCCUGGCUUGCAAGGUUCACCAGGAUGGCGUCCCAAUGGGUACGUUUGCAUUCGGGUCUGUUGCUGCAAGUGUCACCUCAAACGGACGAGGUUGAUAUCAGCAAGAUAGAACUGCGCCUCGCCAAGGAACGCCACAAACGCCAGGGCUCCCUAGGCAACCCCGAUUUUCCAUUGGCGGGACAACUAACCGGGCACUGUUACUGCCAGCAACAGACGCAAACACACUAUGACCAGUCGUCGGGCAGUCAAACCGUCCUGACGACCUCGUCUACUGCUGGAAAGCAAUUGGAAUCAAGCUUGAAGGAAAUAAAACGCGCCCUUAGGAACCUAAUGCAAAAGGUUAAUAAAAAGGACCAGACAGCCCGUCUGGCGAACGACUGGGCAGUUGUGGGACUGGUCGUCGAUCGUCUGUGUUUUUGGGUAUACCUAAUCCUGAUCGUGGCCACCGGAAUGGGCACACUCAUCCCACCUCUGCCCUACGUCUAUGACCAGGUCCACAACGGCGAGGAUCUCAUUCAGCAUUUCAAAGAGCUCGCGACCCACUCGGGUUCACUCGACAUGGCGUGA